AUGUCUCCCGACCAUCAAACAAUAGACCCUGAAUGGCCACCAGGAACUGUGCGGAUAGAAGACUUCUCGCAAUCGAGCCAACCUUCAGGUGUCGUCUUGGAGCCAAAGCCCAGCAACGAUCCCAAUGACCCUCUGAAUUGGUCGCAAUGGAGGAAGUAUCUAAAUUUUGGUUUGGUCUCCUACUAUGUGAUGAUGGUCCUCGCACUAAUCGAUGUGGCAACGGUGACGUGGGGACCAGUCAACCUAGAACUUGGUUUCAGCUUUGCCUUGCUGAAUGACAGCUAUGCUGCCGGAUGUGGAGCAUUGUGUAUAGGUGGAGUGAUCCUUAUCCCAUUUGCUCUGAAAUUUGGGCGACGACCAGUCUAUGUCUUUAGUACUGCCAUCCAGUGCGGAAUCAGUGUUUGGUCUGCGAAGAUGCAGACUGUGGCAGACUUGAUGCUGGUCAACGUUCUGAGCUGUAUAGUCGGGGCUUUGGCAGAGGUCUUGGUGCAGAUGACUGUGGCCGACGUUUUCUUCGUCCACGAAAGAGGUCUCAUGAAUACAAUUUACUACUGGUUUAUGACGGUCGGAACUACAUUGGCGCCGCUUGCCGGUGGAUUCAUCACUCUCUCACAAGGUUGGCGCUGGGUUUGGUGGUGGAUGGCUAUUCUCCUUGGUGCUGGACUCGUCGGCUUUCUUUUCUUCUACGAGGAAACGAUGUUUGGCGAUCUACCUAUCAACGGUGUGCCCGUUUCCGACAUACAGCCCCCCGAAGCAAUGGUGGACAAAAAGGAAAGUAUCGAGGCAGCCGCAAUCGAAGGAAACUAUGCUCCACAGGCCGUCGCAGUUCAGGCUGAAGCCUUUGAGAUCGACCACUCGAUACCAGAAAAGACUUACCUGCAAAAACUGGCAUUGUGGUCCCAGUCGCCAAUACCCUUUGGUCAAUUACUAAAGCACAGCUACCAACCUUUCUUAAUUCUGUUUAGCAUCCCAGCGGUAUUCUUCAUGUCCGUCCAAUAUGGAAUCAUGACUGCCUGCACGACAGUUCCGGUCACCACUCUUUCAUCCGUUAUGACCCUCCCACCUUACAAUUUUGGCUCCGCCCAGAUUGGGCUAAUGGGCAUUCCACCGUUUCUCGGUACCAGUAUCGGGACGCUGGUCUGCGGACCACUGAGCGACUAUAUCGCUCUAUACCUGGCCAGAAGAAACAACGGAAUCUUCGAGCCAGAGAUGCGUCUUUGGCUCUCAUUGGUCUUCACCCCCUUCGUCCCGGCGGGCCUUUUCAUGUUUGGAAUCGGGUUAAACAAUGGAUCGCAUUGGCUGUUACCAGCCUUUGGGCUUGGAAUCUGUGGAUUUGGUGUUGUGCCGGCCAGCAGUGCCGCGUUGACAUACCUGACUGAUGCAUACACCGACAUAAUUGCGGAUUCAAUUGUUGGCGUGACCUUUAUUCGCAACCUUAUCUCUACCCUGUUCGUUUUUGCACUUUCUCCCUGGGUCGACCAAGUCGGGUUGACGUGGUUCUACGUCACCUUUGGGCUUAUUUCUACGGUGAUACUUCUUGGAAACUUUAUAUUCAUCUACUUCGGCAAGAAAUUCCGAGUGAUGACGGCGGGGAGAUACCGCGAAUUUAGUCAAGAGAAAUUUGUAUUG